AGCUGCAACGGCAGCAGCAUGAAGAAACGCACGGAGGAGGAUUACGACAGCGCGACGCCAGCGCUGGAACAGCAAAUGAAUUUGGCCCGACGCGCCUGCUGGAGCGCUGGCGUGGAGCUGGAGCCGCAUGGUGCUAUUAAACCAAUACUAGCUAAAUUAUACCCAACUGGGCAACAGGCCGCGUCCAGCAGUCAACCCAGUCAACCACCGAGUGAGAAACCACCAAGCAAAAAGUACAGAGUGCAGCUCAGCAAGUUCUCCUGGCUGCAGCUGCUCUGCUGCAUUUCCCUGCUGCUCGCCUGCGCCCAGGCACGUCCCAAUGUGAGCGUUGUGGGCGCCGCCACGCCCAAGAGCAAGGCAAGCGAUGCAGUCAUGCCACCAAACCUGCUGCAGUCAGCAACGACGUCAGCUGCGACGCCUACGCCCGCAGCAACAGCAGCAGCAACAAAUUCUCCAUCUAUGCUGCCGCCACAUGCUGAGCCGCUUACUGCGUCGAAUGGGAAUGAGGCGGAGUCUGAGGUUCACCGCUAUCCGCUGUCGCAGGUGGAUUUUGUGCGCGUCAAGACGCCGUUCAUCAUUGGGGUUUGGAUACUUUCGGCCAGCAUAGCCAAAAUCGGUUUCCAUAUGACGCCCAAGCUGCAUCUGAUAUUUCCGGAGUCCUGUCUGCUGAUUGUGGUGGGCGUGGUGAUUGGCGUUGUGCUUUACUUUUGCACCGAUGUGGCCGUCUCCCCGCUCACCCCCAACACGUUCUUCUUCUAUAUGCUGCCACCCAUAAUAUUGGAUGCGGGCUACUUUAUGCCCAAUCGCAUGUUCUUCGAUAAUCUGGGCACCAUACUGCUCAUGGCUGUGGUCGGCACUAUUUUCAAUGCGUCUCUAAUUGCUGGCUCGCUUUAUGCCUGCGGACAAUGCGGCAUCUUUGGUGAUGAUGCGCCCAAGCUAUUGGAUGUUUUUUUGUUUUCCUCACUAAUAUCCGCCGUAGAUCCGGUUGCCGUGCUGGCCGUGUUCGAGGAGAUACAUGUCAAUGAGAUACUCUAUAUUGUUGUCUUUGGCGAGUCCUUGCUGAACGAUGCUGUAACGGUGGUUAUGUAUCACAUGAUGGAGUCCUACAAUGAAAUUGGCCUGCCACGUAUUAUAGCCCAGGAUGUGAUCAAUGGCGUGGGCUCCUUUUUUGUCGUCGCCUUAGGUGGCACUGCCAUAGGCAUCAUCUGGGGCUUCCUUACUGGCUUGGCCACGCGUUUUACGGAUCAUGUGCGCGUUAUUGAGCCCAUCUUUAUAUUUGUCAUGGCUUAUCUGGCGUAUUUGAAUGCUGAAAUAUUCCAUAUGAGCGGCAUCUUAGCCAUUACCUUCUGUGGCAUUACGAUGAAAAACUAUGUGGAGUCGAACAUCUCACAGAAAUCGCAUACAACGGUUAAGUACGCGCUCAAGAUGUUGUCCAGCUCAUCGGAGACGAUUAUAUUCAUGUUCCUAGGUGUGGCCACCGUCAACAAUAUGCACGUAUGGAAUACGUGGUUUGUGGUGCUGACCAUUCUCUUCUGCUCCGUGUUUCGUGUAAUAGGUGUCAUCCUGUUAUCGGCGAUUGCAAAUCGCUUUCGAUUGCACAAGUUAUCGCGCGUGGAUCAGUUUGUAAUGUCCUAUGGCGGGUUGCGUGGAGCUGUGGCCUUUGCGCUGGUGCUGCUCGUGGAUGAGAAUGUGGUCAAGCAUAAGAACAUGUUUGUGACCACAACCAUUGCUGUGAUUUACUUUACUGUCUUUCUGCAAGGCAUUACCAUAAAGCCGCUGGUCAAGAUACUCAAUGUAAAGCGCGCCAACAAACGCAAGCCGACCAUGAAUGAGCGCAUACAUGAGCGCUUUAUGGAUCACUUGAUGGCAGGCAUUGAGGACAUUGUGGGCAAGACGGGCAACUAUAAUGUGCGUGAUAAAUUCAAGCGCUUCGACAAUCGCUUCAUACGCCCGCUGCUGAUCAGAGAUCUUAAGGGCGCUGAGCCCAAAAUUAUUGAGACUUACUCCAAGCUAACAAUGCGCGAUGCCAUGGAGGUUAUGCGUCGUAAUCCUUCGACAAUUGGACAAAUGACUGGCACCGAAUCGAUGAGCGCGCUGUUUAGAAACUAUACCAAUAAUUAUAUUGGCGGCAGUCCCAGUUUGACAAAUUUGGACAACACUUGCUCGCACAAUCUGGAUAUGGCUGAGCUGGACUAUAAUCCAUCCAAGAAGGAUUUGACUGAUGCCAAGAUACAUCAUCUGCUGGCCGAAGAACUGAAGCCUUAUCGAAGGCACCGUCGUCUUAGUUAUAGCCGACACGCAGUAGAUGACAGAGAUUUGUCCACACAGGUCAAUUAUAAAAUGCAAAUGAAUUUCCGGCGCAUGUUCAAUGAUCGCAAACAUCACAAGCGCAGCAAACGUGGAGCCAGCAAUAAGGAGCCCAAAGAGAAUGUCAAACAAAAUCAUGUGUCGUUCACUGAUUUUCAGCAGAAUGGCACCACCAAGCAACUGUCAACUGCCGAGGAGUGUCAACAGAAUCCGAAUGAGAUCAAUGUGAUACCGCCUACGGAUGAUUGGGAUGACGGUCUUACUUUUACUGCUAAAUCAUCACCUGACUCGGAUCGCGCUAAUAAUAACUCCCUGAUAGCGCAUAUACAAAACCUGCCCGGUUUUGAUGCAUCCAAGGCGCGCAUCGUUCAGCAUUAUGCGCCCAAGCUAGAGGAUGCUCAGCCAGAGUUAGACUCACCAGAUCCAUCAGUUGGACCCACAGCGGCUGAACUCAUACUGCCUUGGCGUCGGGAUCGUUCAUACCAGAGCAUUGUGGCCGAGCAUCCAAUACCAGAGGAAGAUCGCAAUUUGUCACGUGACUCGGAUGGCGAACGUCGCGUGGCCACGCCCACAGCCACAGAGUCGCAGCUGCCUUGGAAGCGGCAGGGCGACGACGAGUCCACGGAUGCAGUGCAGCAGAACGAGUUUCCCGCCUGGGCCUCCAACAAGGAGUACCUGGCCUACAAUUCGCCAAGUGCCACAUUUCUAGGUGGUAUAAACAAGCCUAAACAGCCCAAGUCCGUCAUAGGUUUGUUUCGCCGCGAGAGUUCCAGCUCCAAGGCCGGCAGCAGCAGCGGCGCCGUCGAUGCCAUCGCCAGUUUGGACCCACUGGUGAUUGUGCCCAGCACAACGCCCUCCACGUCUAUGCACAAUCCGCGGCUGGACGCGCGCUCGCAGUCCAUCUCCGUCUCCACGUCCGGCGGUCCACUAAACGCACAUCAGGUUGGACCCGAUGGACAUGCGGGUCCAUUCGCAGUCACCGCCAGUCAUCGGCGUAAUGUGCGUCGCGGCUCCAUGCUGGAGCUAAGCGGACUUAUUGCAACCGGACGCAGGCCAAGUAGAAUUUUACUCUGUAGUCCAGCAGCAAUUAAUUUAUUAGAACACACAACAACAACAACAACCAGUCCAACAACCACAAGAACAACAACUACAACAACAACAGCCACAAUUGUCAAAACGACAACAACAACUCCAACUCCAACAUCAUCAACAACAACAACAGCUUUAAUAACUAACAACUCCCCGAGUAAUUCAACAACCACCAGCUAUAGCUCUCCCACAUCGGAGAGCAGCGGAGCCACGUACUAUUCCAAUGACACAAUACCCGAGGAGUCGAGCUACCAGCAUGGACACUCCAAGUCGCUCUGCGAGCCUGCCGACAGCGAUGAUUGGGACGCUGUGCCGCUGGCCAGCAACGGCGCCUGCAUUGGCGGCGGCGUCAAGAGCGACAACACCAUGCACGGCAGCGGACGCGAGCCGCUGCUGCCACGCCCACGCGCCAUGGCGAGCACGCCGCGCACACAGCGUAGACACAUGAACGCUGGCGCCGUGGGCGGUGCGGCUGUGGGCGUGCCAGGCUGCAAGAAUCAGGUGACCACAGCGCUGCUGGACUACGAGGAUACGGAAAGCGAUACGGCGGAUGAGGAGGAUGACGAUGAAGGCGAGGAUUUCGAUUUGUACGACGAUGAGAAUAUUGUGGUAACCACAUUCACCACGCCCGCCACACCACGCCUGGGCGGCCGACGUCCAGGAGCAGGUGGUGCCACCACAACAACCACCAGCAUAAGAUUGACGCGUAAGAAUGAUGAGAGCAUCAUUUGAGCAGCGGAGGAGGCGAGUGCGCGUAGCAGGCAGCAGCUGUUCCCCUACGAGUUGUUCCACUGAGGCCAGCAACGAUUAACCCACACACAUAGUAUAUAUGCUAAUAAGCCGUUAGUCAGUUCUAUACACUAUAUAUAUUGAUGAGAUUUAGUUGUAAGCAAAUUACGGUUUAAUACAUGAAAAAGCUUUAACAACCAAUUAAACCAAAUUAACCAACAAAAAAUUGUGUAUACAACAAAAUAUACAAGUCAGUACU